GCUGGUUUUGAAAAUGACACCUUGCGGCCCUGGUACCUUUUCUUUGAAUAAACUGCAUCAACGCAAACUCCUCACCGCCUGCCCUCAGGGAGUCGAAGCCGUAGCGCUUUGACUCCGCCCCCCGGACUGAGAGUUUGCACCUGUCAGGCAAAGGUUUAGUUGGGAUUUAGCGAUGAUGGGAUUGGGCAGGUUGUGCGACUGUGCUGCGACGCUGGUGCUGCUGUUGGUCUCUGUGGCCCCUUCCCAGGCUGCUCUUUACUCCCCGGAUGAGCCUGUGGUGGUUCUUGACGCAAAGGCCAAAACGUAUUUGUUGGGAUCGCGCAGUUUUUGGCUGACAGAAUUCUACGCGUCUUGGUGUGGCCACUGCCAGGCUUUCAAACCAACAUGGAGCUCUCUGGCCGAAGAUGUCAAGGACUGGAGACCAGUGGUGUAUCUGGGGGUGUUGGACUGUGCUGAGGCAUCCAACUUUGCUACAUGUAAUGAAUUUGGAAUUACAGGAUAUCCUACUAUUAAGUCCUUCAAAUUCUUUGCGAAUGAAAUUUCAGAAGGUGUCAAAGAGAAUGCAGGGCGUACAGUCCAGCUGCUGAGGGAAAGAAUUGUUGAUAGACUGGAAGAACAAAAGAAUUCUAGACCUCCUUCAUGUCCCCCCUUGGAGCCAAUCAGUGAAUCUGAAGUGGAACAGUUCUUCAAGACUAAACAAGAGGAUUACCUGGCACUGAUAUUUGAGGAUGCUUCAAUGUACACAGGAAGAGAGACGGCAUUGGAUAUGGUACAGUAUGAAGGUGUCUCUGUGCGCAGAGUCCUUAGUGAUCAGGAUGACGUUGUUUACAAAUUCCAGAUACCUUCCUUUCCAGCUCUUGUCUUGCUGUGUCGAAAUGGAUCCAACACUAUAGUUAAUUUGGUAGAAGAUACUCGCUAUUCAUAUACUAACUUCUUGCGUUCACUGCCUGGAGUGAGCAAAGGAAAUCUCCCACUUAUUGGUGUGUCCAACAACAUUACUGCUGAACAAAAUGAUAAACGGAUUGCAGACAGCUCCAAAGUGUAUUUGGCAGAUCUGGAAUCGGCAGUGCAUUAUACUUUGCGGGCGGAAGUCUCCCGUUUCAGCAUUUUGGAGGGAGAAAGACUUGAUGCUCUCGUCACAUAUAUCAGUGUACUCAAGAAGUACUUUCCUGCCCGACCUUAUGGGAGAAUGCUUCUCAGCUCUAUCUAUUCCUGGCUUCAGGCUCGUGCUGGGACAGAAGUCCUUUAUAAAGACUUUCAGGAUGUCUUAGACAACAAGGACGAGGUUCAGAAUGCAGUUUUAACAUCAAGAGUGAAUUAUGUGUGGUGUCAGGGCUCUCAUUCCAAAUUCCGUGGUUUUCCAUGCUCUCUCUGGACCCUUUUCCACUUCCUCACUGUCCAGGCUGGUGAAGACAAAACUGCAAAUCCUCAGGAAGUGCUUCAGGUAUUGCGGAAAUAUGCGAAACAUUUCUUUGGCUGCAGAGAGUGCGCUGGUCACUUUGAGCGCAUGGCAGCGCAAUCAAUGAGUAAUGUCAGCACUUCAGAUGAUGCCAUUCUAUGGCUUUGGGAUCGGCAUAAUCGUGUGAACAAAAGACUAUCAGGUGCACCAAGUGAGGAUCCAGAAUUUCCAAAACUUCCCUGGCCAUCAAAAGCACUUUGUCCCUUUUGUCAAGUCCAGGACAGUGGAAACAAGCUGGUUUGGGAUUUCCCAAAUGUUCUGACCUUUAUGAAGGCUCAUUAUUCAAGGGAAAACCUGGCAAAUGAUUAUCUGGAGGAUGAGGUGGUGCUCUUGGAGAGACAGAGGAAUGGCACUAGGAAAAAAGAAACCAAUUCAAAUAAAGAUACCCCAGUAGAGGAACCCAGUGAGGAAAAGACUAAGAUCCACCAUAAACUCAUAUAUCCACCACUAAAUACAGAAGAUCAUGAAAAUAAAAACAAAAAAAGCCAUCCAGGCUCAGAGGUUGAGUUCCCAGCCCAUGUGCAAGUAGAGGAGGAAAAGAAUACCGGUGAAGAAAACUCUUUUUUGCACAGUUUAUUGCCUAGCAGAUCUCUGCAGGGUUCCAUUGAGCAUGACAGUGACAACGCCAUCCAGCCUCAGAUACUCAUUGAUAUCCCUGAAGAGGAAUUCCACCAUAUUGCUGUGAGAAAACGGCUGUUGAGAAGGGGCGUCGUAGCUGAAAAGGAGACAGUGAAUUUGAAGGGACGCUGGAGUAAGACGCUGGAAGUGGGAUUUUCUCGCCUGGAUUUAAGUCUGUGUGUGGUGUUUUAUUUCCUUUCCAGUAUGUGUUUGCUCGGCAUGUACCUAUACAUGAGCCUCCGGACUCGUUGCCUUCGGCAGCGAACUAUCUACUCAUGAGCAAGAUGUAGUUAUUCUCUGUGUGCUCAGCUGUAAGCCUCACUUCCCAGAUCUCUAAUGUGCCUUUACAGCCUUCUAGUGCCUAUUCUUCCUAUGGCCAACAGUGAUUUUAAUAAACCAUUAUCUUUUAUAAAAUA